UAGCGAUAGAGGAAAGGAAAAACUUGAUUAUAAUCACUGCAAUCUUUUGCCGUUUCCAUUGAAAAUGGCUGCCUCUCUGGACCCAGACAGGGUGCUUUGCUGUUCGAAAGAGAAAGAUAACUUUCUAAGGAUAGCUCGGCUAUUGAUAAGUGGAGGUACUGUGCUAUUGAGGGAGGUGUUUGACGAUGAAUGUCCUCCAAGUAAUCUUCCCAAAAUACUUCAGAAUCAAUCCACAGAGAAGCGACUUAGGGCUGCAAAACUCACCAAACCACAGUGGGACUGCCUGUACCCUUCCCCAGGGAUGUACGGAAAGUCAACAGAUUUUGAUAUAACUCUCCUUUUCCGGUUGCUGAGAAACAUAUGCAGCUUCACCCCUCCUGUCACAGGCUGGGAUGCGCUACCGGCAAGUAAAGACUACACCUUUGAAGCCGAUUUGGCGAGAAUUAAGUACUUUCGCAAUUCGAUAUACGGUCAUGUGAACGAAAACAUGGAAAUAGCAGAUGAUUGCUUUGUAGUUCUUUGGAGAGAAAUCAGCGGGGCUCUGGUAAGAAUUGCGGGUCAGAUUAGCUCUACAAAGUCAAAAGAAUGGCAGAAUGCAAUAGAAAGAUUCUUGCAAGAUCCCAUCACUGAGGCAGACAAGAGAUAUGAGCAGGAAUUGUGGCAACUCUACCAGAAUGACACAGAAAUAAAGGAAUUUAUGAACAAUUUAGAUUGUUCAGUGAAGCAUGUGGAGAAAGCAAUUUACGUGGAAACCCGAGACAUUAAAGAUCGUCUUGGAGGAGAAGUCAAAGCCACAACACAAGAAGUACAGGGCUUGAGAAAAGAGGUUCGAGAGGAAGCCCGAGACAUUAAAGAUCAUCUUGGAGGAGAAGUCAAAGCCACAACCCAAGAAGUGCAGGACUUGAGAAAAGAGGUUCGAGAGGAAGCCCGAGACAUUAAAGUUCAUCUUGGAAGAGAAGUCAAGGCCAUAGCCCAAGAAGUUUAUGGUUUGAGGCAAGACAUCUGCUCUUCAGUUGGAGGCACGAAAUCAUGGUUCAGCGCAUGCGCGGCGUGACAGCCUUUGGUCGCUAAAUUAAUAUGUGAUGUCGCU